UUCAGAGUCUGUGCUUUUGGCUCUGUAAACUGUCUCGAAUCUAAAAAGAAGUUCCGCACUUAAACAAGUUGCUUGACAGCUUUUCAGGCGAGGCUGAUGAUGUGCACAGGGUUGGAGAUCCAGAUUCCGGCACUGUGGACUGACACUCUGCUCAGAAGUCCGUACCAGCUCCUUAAAAUGCCCAUUAAUGUCUUGCUUCACUCAGUACUGAUAAAUAGGAAAUCUUUGCUGAACCAGUUCUCAUGUAAAUCUGUAGAUGUACCCCCCUCCUCUGCUUCCUUUAAAAAAGAAAUAGAUUUAAUUAAUAUUGUUAUUUUACUAGGGAAAACUACUCUGGCUGACUGUCUUAUAUCUAGCAAUGGAAUCAUCUCCAGCCGCCUGGCAGGAAAGCUAAGGUACAUGGACAGCAGAGAAGAUGAACAGAUACGAGGGAUCACUAUGAAGUCCAGUGCCAUUUCCCUGCACUAUGCCAAUGGUAGCGAGGAGUACCUGGUCAAUCUGAUAGACUCUCCGGGACAUGUGGAUUUCUCCUCGGAAGUGUCCACGGCUGUUCGCAUUUGUGACGGCUGCAUCAUCGUGGUGGAUGCCGUGGAAGGGGUCUGUCCACAGACACAGGCAGUUCUGCGGCAGGCCUGGCUCGAAAACAUCCGUCCAGUUUUAGUGAUUAAUAAGAUAGAUCGCUUGAUAGUGGAACUGAAAUUCACCCCACAGGAAGCCUAUUCUCACCUCAAGAAUAUUUUGGAACAGAUUAACGCACUCACAGGAACUCUUUUUACUUCUAAAGUCCUAGAAGAAAGAGCAGAGAGGGAGACUGAAUCCCAGGUGAAUCCAAAUGCCGAGCAGGGAGAGCAAGUGUACGACUGGAGUGCUGGCCUAGAGGGGACGGACGAUUCCCACCUCUACUUCUCUCCAGAUCAGGGAAAUGUGGUGUUUACGAGUGCCAUAGACGGCUGGGGCUUUGGAAUUGAGCAUUUUGCCAAAAUCUACAGUAAAAAAAUUGGCAUCAGAAAGGAACUUCUUUUGAAAACCUUGUGGGGAGAUUAUUAUAUAAAUAUGAAGGCCAAGAAGAUUAUGAAGGCCGACCAGGCAAAAGGAAAGAAACCAUUAUUUGUACAGUUGAUCCUGGAAAAUAUAUGGAGUUUGUAUGAUGCUGUCUUGAAAAAGGACAAAGACAAAAUCGAUAAAAUAGUGACUUCCUUAGGAUUAAAAAUUGGAGCCCGAGAGGCACGUCAUUCAGACCCUAAAGUUCAGAUCAAUGCCAUCUGCAGUCAGUGGCUCCCCAUUUCCCAUGCUGUCCUUGCUAUGGUGUGUCAGAAGCUUCCCAGUCCCCUCGAUGUCACAGCCGAGCGAGUGGAGAGACUGAUGUGCGCAGGGUCACGGGCGUUUGACUCUCUCCCACCAGAAACGCAGGCGCUGAAAGCAGCUUUUAUGAAAUGUGGAAGUGAAGAUACUGCUCCUGUUAUUAUCUUUGUUUCCAAAAUGUUUGCCGUGGACGCUAAGGCUUUGCCUCAGAAUAAGCCAAGACCUCUCACUCAAGAAGAAAUUGCUCAGAGGCGUGAGCGUGCAAGACAGAGGCACGCGGAGAAGCUCACAGCCGUGCAGGGGAAGGCACCCUUGGAGCCCGCCCAGGGUGGGAGAGCCCUUCAAGCAAGUCCCACGGGAGAAGAGCCGGAAGGUGAUGAGCAUCAGGGGGGCAGUGGGGCCCCUAAACCUGUGCCCCAGGAGGAAACCAACCAAGAGUCUUUUAUCGCAUUUGCUCGAGUGUUCAGUGGCGUGGCUCGAAGAGGGAAGAAAAUUUUUGUCUUGGGGCCCAAAUACAGUCCUGUUGAGUUUCUGCAGCGGGUGCCAUCAGGCUUCUCGGCCCCGCUGGACGACCUCCCCCCAGUGCCCCACAUGGCCUGCUGUACUCUGGAGAGCCUGUAUCUUCUGAUGGGAAGGGAGCUGGAAGACCUAGAGGAAGUGCCCCCCGGGAACGUGCUGGGAAUAGGGGGCCUUCAAGACUUUGUGCUGAAGUCUGCGACGCUGUGCAGUUUGCCGUCCUGCCCGCCAUUCAUACCACUCAACUUCGAAGCCACUCCGAUAGUGAGGGUCGCUGUGGAACCGAAACACCCAAGUGAAAUGCCGCAGCUUGUCAAAGGAAUGAAGCUGUUAAACCAAGCUGACCCCUGUGUCCAGAUUCUAAUCCAGGAGACGGGAGAGCACGUCUUAGUCACGGCGGGGGAAGUCCACCUUCAGCGAUGCCUGGAUGACUUGAAAGAAAGGUUUGCUAAGAUGGAAAUCAGUGUUUCUGAACCCAUUAUUCCAUUCAGAGAAACAAUCACAAAACCCCCGAAAGUUGACAUGGUCAAUGAAGAAAUAGGCAAACAACAAAAAGUUGCUGUUAUACACCAAACAAAAGAAGAUCAAAGCAAAAUUCCCGAAGGGGUCCAAGUUGACUCUGACGGGCUCGUCACCAUGACAACUCCCAAUAAGCUCGCCACGCUCAGCGUCCGAGCUGUGCCCCUUCCUGAAGAAGUCACUCAGCUUCUGGAAGAAAAUAGUGAUUUGAUUCGGGCCAUGGAGCAGUUCACAUCCUCCUUGAAUGAGGGCAAAAAUACUCAGAUGUUUCACCACAAGAUGCAAGAGAAAAUUGGGGAAUUCAAAGGAAAACUAGAACAACACCUCACAGGGAGAAAAUGGAGGAACACUGUGGACCAAAUCUGGUCAUUUGGCCCAAGAAAAUGUGGGCCGAACAUACUAGUGAAUAAAAGUGAGGAUUCUCAGAACCCCGUGUGGACAGGCCUACCCGGCAAAGCUUCAGCAGAAGCCAGUAGAUACCGGGACUUGGGCAAUAGCGUGGUGAGCGGCUUCCAGCUCGCAGCCCUCGCCGGCCCUAUGUGUGAGGAGCCCCUCAUGGGUGUCUGCUUCGUUCUGGAGAGGUGGGACCUAAGUAAACUGGAGGAACAAGGAGCAGGUGAGGAACGGCGUCAAGAACAAGGUGAUCUGGUGAAAGAGGGCCAGGAGGACGCGGAGGCCUGUUCUGGUAGAGCUGGGAUCCAGGAGCUACAAGAUGGCCGCUCUGAGCCCGGGGAGGGGAGGGCUCCCCAGAAGGGAGACGCUGCCCUCGCCGACUGCUACGGCCCCUUGUCGGGGCAGCUGAUCGCCACCAUGAAGGAAGCGUGUCGCCACGCACUGCAGGUGAAGCCUCAGCGUCUCAUGGCGGCUAUGUACACAUGUGACAUCAUGGCCACCAGCGACGUUCUCGGUCGGGUCUACGCCGUGCUGUCCAAGAGGGAAGGCCGGGUGCUGCAGGAAGAGAUGAAGGAGGGGACGGACAUGUUCAUCAUCAGGGCCGUGCUGCCCGUCGCGGAGAGCUUCGGCUUCGCCGACGAGAUCCGGAAGCGGACCAGCGGCCUGGCCAGCCCGCAGCUGGUAUUCAGCCACUGGGAGAUCAUCCCCAGUGACCCCUUCUGGGUGCCAACCACCGAGGAGGAAUACUUGCACUUUGGGGAAAAGGCUGACUCCGAGAGCCAGGCCCGGAAGUACAUGAAUGCUGUGCGAAAGCGGAAGGGCCUCCAUGUGGAAGAGAAGAUCGUGGAGCAUGCAGAAAAGCAGAGAACCCUCAGCAAGAAUAAGUGACUGCUGCUGGCAGAUCCUGUCCUAGUAAUAAAAGGUCCCACAGCUGUGCCGAAGCCUGGCCUCAGUGCAUCGGAUGCAGUGGACGGAGCCGAGACACUGUCCCAGAGUGGUGGGGGGGCCCUGCUGGCCUGGGGCUGGCCUCCUGGAGUCAUUUAUAGACAGGCCGCAGGGCCAGCACGGACUGCUGGGGGCCUGCUUCUCGGGCCAGUCCCCUAGACCCGAGGGGAAGCAGCCCCUCCUGUACAGCCCUGGGGAGGCCUAACAUGUAUGUGACCUCUAUGGAUACAUUGUAUGUGUUUCGGGGGGUAUUUUGCAGGGUGGGGUUGGAGGGAGGAUUACUAGGGAAUCGCCAUGGCCUGUGGAUGUGGUCGAGGUCAGGCGCCGCUCAGCAAGCCCUGCUCCCGGGCCCCGCACGGGGCCUCCUGGGCCGCUGCCUGAUUUGUCAGGGUCAGAGGUGUCGUCAGUGGGAGCUGACUGCACUGUGGCAGAGGAAGAAGGGAGGACUGGGGCAUCCUUGUUUGUAUUUAUGUGCCUCCGUCUUGGGUAACGCUACCAGCGUCUGAGAUUAAAAAUCAUGAUCUGUACUGGCUCAGAUUUAUGGCUGGUAAGUUUAGAAAAAUAAUUUAUUUCAGAAAUUAGGUUAACCUGCACCCUUGGAACUGAAACCUUCCUUGUGUCCUGUCUGCCAACAGUCAGAUAAGGCUCCGAGCUCGACCUUGUCCGGAGCCGGGCUCCCUGGUGAACAGAUUAUCAAACCCGGGGACCAGAAGGUGCUCACGGCAAAGCAGUCACACAGACCGCGGGCCGAGAGCGCUGAACUGCUGGCCUGGAAAAGAGCUGGUAGAACUACUAAUAGAAGCCAAGCGUGUAGGUCGGAAUCUAAGUCAGGAAACCAGACAUGGGAGAACGAAGCCUUUCCUUUGAGCCUGCUGUUCCACGUGCCAUGCCCACCGUGCAGAGGGCGGCUUCCUGUACUUGGGCAGGAGGGCCGGGGGUGGGGGGGCGUCUAACCCCAGCACAGUCGCUCCACAGGCCCACAUGUGGCAGAGGCCAAGCAGCCCAGGAGGCAUGAGGGGGCAGAGCAGAAGGCAGGGCCCAGCAGGGCAGAGGUGAAGGUCUGAGGUGCCCCACCUGGGCAUUCAGGCCUGGGACUUGAUCCUGGGCAGUUGGGAUGGGGCUGCCUCCCACCACAUGCCCCCCGCCCCUGGGCCUUUUGGCGUUCCCGGGUGCUUGCAGAGGCCCAGCAGCCCGGCUGCCUCACAGGGCUUGAUGGGCUUGGCAGGCUUGGGCUUGGGGGCUGCUUCCCUAGCCUGUGGGGUUUGCCCCUCUGCCAGGUUUUCCGGUCUGGCUGACAAUUCUGUAUGAUUCGCCUUCACUGCAAAAGGUGCAACAGUUUAAUUUUGCUACCCCAGAUUUCACUGUGGUCCCAAAAGAACAGCCCAUUGCCCAAUCUCAAAGGCCUUUUUGCCACAGCUGCAACUUUAGCUUUUUGUAAAUCAAUGUUCCUGAAGAAAGUUUAUUUUUUCAAUGAACAUUUAUAGAACUUUUUUCAGACAACAGUUUUCUUUUGAAAAGCCCAUUUCUGUUGAGCCUCAAGACUGAUACCGAACGGUUGUACAGUGUUGCUGCGGGAUCAGGGGCGUGGGGCCGAAAGCUGAGAGGCCGGAGAGACGGGGUCGUGCCCCCUGGCAGGGCCCUGGGUGAGCCCCUUAGCUGCGCGCCCCUCACCGUGCGGCGGGAAGUCCCCACCUGUAAGGGUCUGUAGGGUGAAGGCUGGGGAGUGAUGUGUGUGAGUGAGGAGUCCCGUGCCUCGUGCCCGGAGCGCAGAAUGCAAUGGUCGUAGCUGCUUUUAUUAUGAAUAAAAUAAUGAAUUUAUUCAUUUAUUGCUGGGCAAUGCCGAGGCAUGGAGACGGCACCUGGGUUCAGCCGGUCACAGAGUCAGGCGAUCUGACGGGAACACAGGCUCGAAGUGCGCAUCCCGCUGCGUUGCCCUCCAGUGAGGCUGCCACGCUCCGCCGGCGCCCGGGCCCGCAGUCCGGCUGUGGCUGCUUUCUCUUCUCUGCUUGUCCCUGACUUUGCCCCAGGUCAGUUACACGUGGUCGGUGCUCUCGCCAGGACAGAGCCGGCCACCUGCCCCCCAGGCACUGCCGGUGCCAUCGACCGCCCCCAGCCUACCCUCAGGGGACCCCGCAUGGCUGGCCCUGGGCAGCGGCUGGCUCUACUCAGGGCAGAGCACAGGGCCGGCCCCCAGGCCCGUGCUGCCCUCCGCCUCCGGGUGCAGCCCAGGCCCUGCUCGUGGCUGGCAGAGGGGCCUGCCCUGUGCAGCCAGAUCCCGCCGCCCCGGCUGCUGGCUGCCAGCACAGCGCUGCCAACCACCAUCUCCUUCCACUUUUUUACCCCCUCUGGGCUUUAUUUUCUUUGCCGCCCAGCCUGGGACUCCCACACCAGUCACUCCAAACCCUUCGCCAACGCAAGGGCCUUCUUCCUUCGCUGUCCAGCCCCAUCCACCAGCUGUCCCUGCGGGGCCUGGGCAGCCACCUGGGUGACAGCCCACUGCCCCAGCCCUUCCUCCUACUUUCCAGAGAGCGGGAGGGGGAACAGUCCCUGGGGGGCGGCCAGGGCGGGCGCCACAGGCUCUGGGGACGCUCGGGACUAUGGCACACAGGCGGCCCUGGCAGCCAGCGCCCGACGGGGUUGGUGCAGCGUGAGGAGCUCGGGCAGCAGCAGUGGCCCCGGCCUGGCCAGUAAGCGCCCAGCAGCGUCCUCGCGGCCUGGGGCCAGAGCCUCCAGGAGAGUGACUGUGGGCUUGGGGCUGCGCGGGGACCCUGCGCAGUGGCUGAGCGGAGCCGUGCUGCUCAGCCCACUGGCGAGGAUGGGUCCGCCGACUGCCUUUCCAGGCCUGGCCUGGCUUGGCAGUUGCCCAGCCCACCCGCCGCUGAACAGCCCCCCUUACAGGCUUCCUGCUGCUCCAGCAGAGAGCUGGGGGCAGAGGGCACAGAGGGCCAGGGGGGUGCCCGGGCCAGGCAGGAUAGAAGCCAGACCGUACCAAGUCCAUUGGCCAGGGACCCAGAGGUGGCACAGCUGUUAAAUGGGCUCCCCUUCUUUGGGGGCCUAUUUGUAUCUCUACUGGCUCCUUGUUGCUUUUUCCUGCACGAUGUCCUACAAUAGACAAAACUUCCUGGAAACAGCGCCCUGCUUUUCUCGUGGGAAACUACCUCACUUCUCCUCAGUCUGAGAGGUGGGAGUGGCCUUGGCCUUACCACACCUGCGUGUGUCCUAGGCUGGGACCACCUGUGUGUUCAGGUCCCUUUGCCUCACUGGAAUGGACGUGUGACCCAAGAGGGUCCAGUGGAUGUCAACUGCAGGACUUUUGAUAGAGAAUGUUGGGAGAGAGUCUGUAUCUUUGAUUAGAGUGGCCGUGCUGGUGCGCAUCCGCCUGGGGCGCUGGCGGCCUCUCUGUCUCCCCCGCAGCCCCCCCGGGGACUAAGCUGGCAGCUGUGCCGAGGUGACACGUGGCCCAUCUGGAAUACUGUUUGGAGCGUCUGAAUUCUUUACCUUCAAACCAGAGCUGCACUUGGACCUUGUGGCUAACUGAGGCAGUGAGCAUACACCCGCCUCCCAGAACAACGUGAGGUGAGUUUUUAUCAUAAGCAGUGAAGAGUCGCGCCAGCACCACACUUGGGUCGUGCCACCUCCUGCUCGGAGACAUCCGGUGGCUCCCCUUGUCCCCACACCCUUGCCCUGUCCCCUUCCGUGCCUCAGAGCCUGUGGCCAGCGCCAUCUCUAGGAUGAGUUUAGCUCCGAGGCCCGUCAUGUUAUGUGGAUCUUUCACGGUACCUAUGACGUCCGUGCCGGUGGUCUGUGCACAGAUCCGCCCCCUCUGCCUACUUGAGAGCUGUUUUCGACCAUGCUGCGCCUCGCACAGAGGAGAUGCUCACCCGUCCCCUGGCCGAGCCCCGGCCGGCCUGCACACUGUACUGGGGCAGGUGGGGCUGCAUCAAGCACCCGGGUGUCCUGCCCUCCCUCCAGCGCCUCCCCUGCCGUCCACGCCUCCUCCCUCCUGAGCAGAGUCUCCUGGAGCGGACAGGGGAGAGCAGGGGCCUCGGGGCCGGGCCCGGAGACCAGCAACACCCGGAAAAUGCAGAAUCCCAGCCCCGCCCGAGACCUCCUGAAUCUGGCCCUGGAUUGGGCCCAGGAAGCUGUAUUUUAACAGGCUCUCCAAGGUAUUCAGAUGCACACUCGAGUUUGGGAAACUUGGUAACAGAGAUUUUAAUCCACAUUGACAUUAUGCUUUUCAAUCUCUGAGAUUUUUAUUAAAUGCUUCUUGAUUUACAAAGGAAAACACGAUUCAUCUUCGGUCUAACUUGCAGCAGAAUCUGUGAGGCCUCAUUUGGAUAGUUCCAUUUCUUCCACCUCCCAGGAGAUGCAGAAAGGCCAAAGGAGAGAACUAGCCCGAAAGUUCAUUUGAUGGGAAAAGAGCAUCUGUGUCGUGUCAUUCUGUGCAGAACGUUGCCGAUGGACGGGGGAAGCGGUUUGCCUUUCGGGCCCAGUAGGAACAAAGGGAGGAACCAGCUCAGGGAUCUGGGGCACUUAUAGACGUACUUUGAAGGAGAGCGUUGGAUCGAACUGAAAAGGGUCGUUUGAACAUCAGAUUUAGAUGUUUCUUUUUUUAUUUGCCCUAAUUCAGAAAAAUAAGUGCCCUUAUCAGAUGUCUGCUUAUGAGUGUUUAUUCCCCUUCUGUUUUUUUCUGAGUGUGUAUAGAAAGUUCAGAGCUGGGAGAACUUUUCUGUAGUGAUUGUCACAAGAGAUCGUUGAGAAGACACACUGACCAUUUUCUAUGCUCCCCUUUCCAAAGAUAUUUGCUUUUAUUAUGACAGCUUCACUUUGGAGAAUGUCAAUCGGAGGUGGAUUCAUUUGGCUGUUUUCAGAGGCUUUGGAGUGUUUUUAAAAUCACCACGACCACCAUCUCCUCAGUCCUUCAAAAUAAACAGGCUUAUUUAACAUUUGCAAUGGAGCCUGAUGCAGAAGACAGUGCUUCCUGGCCAGAUGCUUCUCUGAAAACGACAGAGGCCCCUGCAGGCUGAGACUGUCCCCGUGCUUCUCUUUUUGAGAGCAAAUUCCCCUCCACAGAAAAGGUUGAUUUUCCUUGGGUGCAAGGAGCCUUACUCACAAGACUGGGCAUCUUCCCACCCAGAGGCUUCAUGGUGCCCUCGGCCCUCUUCCUACAGGACCUGCGGCUGCUUCCGCCCCUCCUGGCACCGCGGGGGCCUCCUGAGCACCUGCGCUUUCCCCGGCCACCGCAGCUCCCUGUCCUCCGGAGCUGUCGCCUCGUCACUGCCUCUCACUGCCAUGCCAGCUGACCUUACAGUCUGCUGCCAGCGGCGGCCACUGUUGCCAGAGCCACACUCCUGCCACAGCUUGGGAGGGACAGGGGUUAAUUUUUCUCUCUUCCUCUCUGUUGUUAGGUUGGAAAGGUCUCACAGCAGUGGCCCUGAUGUCCUGGGCUUUAUGGAGCUGGGAGUAAAGCAGCUCCUGGUACCCUGUGCUCCGCAGGAGCAGACGUGCCCCUGAGGCCCAGCCUUGGGGGGACUCAUGGCCAUCACUGCCACACUCAGAAUUACUGACCCCCUUCAUCUCUCACUGACCAGCUGUGUCUGCUGCCACCUUAUAGUAUGUUUCUCUCCCAGAAAGUUCCUUGGAAUCCCCUUCAUAAAUAGAAUUCCGGCAAAUAGCUUGUUCUAUUUCCUUAUCAUAGCCAUGGUUCCCCUUAAAGAGACCUCAUUAUUUUUUAGAAUACGGUGGCAGCAUGGCUGAAUUUCCAUUGAGCCCACCCACCUGUUGCAGCAGCGGGCAUUGGCAUCAGUGGGGCCAGAGGGCAGGUGGGCAUCCUCUGGUAGCCGCUGGCCCUGCCCAGCUUGGCAAUAUGUGUUAAGAUGUAAAACAGUCAUACCCUUUAACCUAGACACCUUUCUGGAAGCCUCUUCCCCAGAAACAUGAACACCAGAGCACAGAGAUACCUGAACAGCACUGACCCCGAAGGGAAAAAUCCCAGCGUCCAUCAAUGAAUUGGUGAAACUGGCACAAAUGGACAGCAGGUCACCAACAGCCAUUAGAAGUUUGAAGAUCUUUACUUAAUGACAUGGGAGUUCAAGGUGCAUAGGACUACUUUUUAAAAGCUACAAAACUAUGCUUUGUUUGAAUCCACUUUUAUUAUGUAUGGACAACCUAUGUAUAUGUUGUUAAUAAAUGCUCAUAAAAAAUCU